ACAUAAGACACGCCAUUCAAAGCGAGAUUGGGGCCACAACCACAACGUCUACUACGUCCACACCCUUCCAGGUCGCUCCAACCCCCCGCUCAUUGACCUUCUGUGUUUGUACUAACCAUAAUUUCCUCUUUUGCUCUCUUGUUACUCUCCCGUUAGGUCUUUAAGAUUCUCUUUCAAUCUUCCAUCCAAAACCCAUCUUCCCUUCUCUGAUUAUCCAUAUGGAGCAGGCUGUUCUCGAUGAUAUAAUUCAGAGGCUGCUUCAAGUUAGAGGCAAACCUGGUAAACAGGUGCAACUCACUGAGCCAGAAAUCAAGCAACUUUGUGUUGCUUCCAAAGAGAUUUUCUUGCAACAGCCUAAUUUGCUGGAAAUCGAAGCGCCCAUAAAGAUUUGUGGUGAUGUCCAUGGUCAAUAUUCAGAUCUUCUACGUCUUUUUGAGUAUGGCGGAUUACCUCCUGAAGCCAAUUACUUGUUCCUUGGUGAUUACGUUGACCGAGGCAAACAAAGCCUAGAAACAAUAUGCCUUCUCCUCGCGUACAAAAUAAAAUACCCAAAUAAUUUCUUCCUCUUACGUGGUAACCAUGAAUGUGCUUCAAUAAACCGUAUAUACGGAUUCUAUGAUGAAUGCAAAAGAAGAUUCAAUGUGAAAUUAUGGAAGACCUUUUCAGAUUGCUUCAAUUGCUUGCCUGUGGCUGCUCUGAUUGAUGAAAAGAUCUUGUGUAUGCAUGGUGGCCUUUCACCUGACUUAAAUAAUCUGGAUCAAAUAAGAAACUUAAGAAGGCCUACUGAUAUACCUGAUAGUGGUUUGUUAUGUGAUCUUUUGUGGUCGGAUCCUUGUGUUGAUGUUAAGGGUUGGGGUAUGAAUGAUCGUGGAGUUUCGUAUACUUUUGGUGCUGAUAUUGUCACCGAGUUUUUAGAGAAACAUGAUCUUGAUCUUGUUUGUCGUGCUCACCAGGUGGUGGAAGAUGGGUACGAGUUUUUUGCUAACAGACAACUUGUAACUGUGUUUUCUGCACCAAAUUAUUGUGGGGAAUUUGACAAUGCAGGGGCUAUGAUGAGUGUUGAUGAGACUUUAAUGUGCUCUUUCCAAAUCCUAAAACCUGCAGAAAAGAAGAACAAGUUCAAUUCUUCUGGUAAUGGUAUUACCCUUUUUGGGAGCACCACCACAGCUAAACCCGGAAACACCCCACCAGGAGUCAAGCAGUUUAUGGGUUCAAGAGUAUGAGAUUUGUGGCAAAGCUUGAGGCAUGAACAAUGUAAUGCUGAAGAAAUAUAGAUUUCUAGUCUUGGUGAUGGUUGUACUUUAGUGAUACAAAAGUAUAUUGUUGUGAUUUGUGAUCCCAUUGCGUAAAAAUAAUGGGAAGACCCAUGUUUUUGACAUUUGAUAGUUAUGGGAACAAAAUAUAAGAAAACAAGCUUCUACCCUACUUUUUCUCUUUACUUUGGACCCGAGUUGAGACCUUGUUUAUUGGUCAAAAAUUUAGAUGGACACACAUUUAUGGAUUUGGAAACAUAUUGGCAAAGAUGAUAAUCGACACAAACAAGUAUAUAUCUUCUACUCAAAUUAGCAUUGAUUUUGCCUUUUGCUACAUUCGUCGUGGAGUGCACAUUUUCAGCAAUGAAGUUGGAUAAAGAACCAUCUAUGCAAUAAGAUGAAUGAUUGUCUAUUAGCAACAACAUGCUGAAAAAUCGUUAUGAAAAUUAUACGAACAUUUGUUAGUAUCUAUAAAUUACGUGUGGUAUCCAUACCAAAAUUGUUGAUAUGAC